AAGGGAUUUAAUAAAAACCCUAACCCUAUUUCAGUAUCUCAUUUCUCCUUUUGCACACAAACAUUCCAUAUCUUAUUCAGCUGCAGUUACAAAGAAGCAGAAGAAAAUCAUCACCAUGUCGAAGCGAAAGGUUAGGGAGCCUAAGGAAGAAAAUGUGACCCUUGGACCUGCUACUCGUGAGGGAGAGCUUGUGUUUGGUGUUGCCCACAUUUUUGCUUCGUUCAACGACACUUUCAUUCAUGUAACUGAUAUCUCUGGACGUGAAACCUUGGUUCGGAUCACAGGCGGGAUGAAGGUAAAGGCUGACAGGGACGAGUCGUCUCCUUAUGCAGCCAUGCUUGCUGCACAAGAUGUCUCCAAUCGAUGCAAGGAACUUGGCAUUAAUUCUCUCCACAUAAAGUUGCGGGCUACUGGUGGUAACAAGACCAAGUCACCUGGUCCAGGUGCCCAGUCUGCUCUUAGAGCUCUUGCUCGUUCUGGCAUGAAAAUUGGGCGCAUAGAGGAUGUCACACCGAUUCCAACUGACAGCACCCGUAGAAAGGGUGGUAGAAGAGGAAGAAGGCUGUGAUCUGAGUCAGCGGAGCUGUGUUUACAAGUGGAAAUCUGUAUGGAUUAAUGCUGGACCAAGAUUGUUCUGUGGCUGAAGUUUGAUAGUUAUGAAUGUAUGGCAUGUUGUUUAAGACAUUUUACAUUUAUGGUCUUCUAUGGAUAGAGUAUGUUAUGCUUUUUAUAUGGGUACUUUUUAAUUUUGGUUGGUUUAGAAUGUUUUUAUGCUA